AUAUGUGAUUAUUUGAUCGAGCAAUAUCCCAAUUCCUCUCUUUUUGCCUUUUCCCAUCUUCUUAAAACACAAAAAUCUAGAAAAACCAAACACAAAAACCUUGAACACCAAAUCUUUUUGCUUUUGUUUUAGGUUGGAAAUUCGUCAAUAUGGGUAGCAGUGAAAGACAACACAUGAACUUCCACCUCCAACUCUCCGAUCUUUUCCACCGCCACCACCGUCAUCAUCACGGCGACAACAACAAGAAGAAGGGUGUACCAAAAGGAUGCAUGGCGGUUCAAGUAGGGCAUGAAGGAGAAGAGAAACUUGAAAGGUUUGUGAUUCCAAUUAUGUACAUUAAUCACCCUUUAUUCAUCAAACUCCUUAAAGAAGCCGAGGAAGAAUAUGGAUUUGAUCAAGAGGGUCUUAUCACUAUUCCAUGCCACGUGGAGCAAUUCCGUAACGUUCAAGAUGUGAUUGAUCGUGAGCACCACCGUAUGAUGAACCCUCACCAUCAUCAUCAUCACCAUCGUCGCAACAACUUCUUGUGCUUAAAGGCUUGAUCGACUUUUCGGCUUAUUGGAGGCUUUAUCAAGAUGUAAAUUUUAGUUUCUUGAUUUGUUUUUCUUUUUUGUGGAAAUUUUUAUCUUUGGGCGAGAUGAAAUUCAAGUGAAAGUGAAACUUGACUCUUGACUUGGAAGGUAUAGUUCCUUUCGGAGCUAUAAAAAGCUCUCCUUCGGGAGACACCUCCAAGGGCGAGUAGGGCUUUUUCCCCUCGAAGAGGGGUUUUUGCCUGCUACUAAGUUUCCACUUAUGUAUUUGCCCUUAUAAUAUACAAGUUUACUUUCUAUCAAAAAAAUAAAGAAAUUCAAGUGAUUAAUUGUAGUCGACAAUGAUGAAAGUUUGUUAAUUGAUGAUAUUGUAUGAUACUAUUAAUGUGUUGGUAAGUAGUAACUAAGUGCAGUUUA